AUGGAUAAGGCAUCUGGAGACGGCAGCGAAACCUGUGUGGUCACGUUCAGCAAGCCAGUCGACCAACCCCGUUCCUGCUGGAUUUUCAUGGCAGAGGUUUCGGACGAGUAUGCUGCCUGCAAUUUGGAUUGGUUUUCGGGCGUGAAUCAUAAGGCUUGGAACAAAUGUGCUGUUACAGCCUUAAAAUUCCAGGCCCCUCGCAACAUGCCCACCAUGUAUUCGUAUGAUACAGUCUGA